UAAUUGUAACGUUAUUUUCACUUAAUAAAAAGAGAAAUUAACCCAAGAUAGCUAGAGGCAAAAUAAUCCCCAAAAAAAUGUCUCUAGUUUCUUUAAUAAAUAUGAAAAUAAUAUUCGUUUUGUGCUUAUUAAUCGCGAUUGAACCUAGACUCUGGCAUGUUGUUGGCGUUCAAGGUUUCGGGCCGGGUUUCUUGGGUGGUUUGGGUGUCCAAGGUAACGGGCGGGCCUUCUCAUUUGGUUCAGACGGCCAAGGUUCCGGGCGGGCCUUCUCGUUUGGUUCGGGCACCCCAGGUUCUGGGCCGGGCUUCUCAUCUGGGCUGAAUAAUGGUGGGCCAUUUUUUUGGAGUUUUAAUGGGCCUGAGGCUGAUAAGUGUUUAGCAACUUUUAAAAAUACUCCAAAUUGUGUCCAAGAAAUAUUUGGGUCAUUGUUCAAAAUACCAUUUAACUUUAUUGGGGCUCCAUUUCACUCUAUUGGGCCUCAAUGUUGCAAAGUUGUUAGAGAUAUUGAAGAUAAUUGUUGGCCCAAGAUUUUUCCAAUAAGCCCGCUCUUUCCUCUCACUCUAAAAAAUCUUUGUAACUCACAGGGUCAGGGUCAGGGUCAGGCUCCGAGUGAACAACAACCACCAUCUCCUCCGUCUCCACCUCAACCAGAUGUGUAUCCAACUCCAUCAACUUCAACUUCAUCGCCUCCUCCACCGCAACCAUACUCAUAUUCAUUUUCAUUUGCAAAUAAAGGAGAUUAAAAAUGGGCUUGUUGGAGAAUAGGCCCAAAUUUGAGGUUUGGGCCUAUCGAACACGAGUCCUUGAAAUAAGCUAUUGGGCCUUUGAUCCAUGAAGAAUUGAAGAAUUCGACAAGGAAAAUGGUUUUCACCAUUUUUUUUUAUGUAAUUAACAAGAAAAUAAAAUCCUAUUGUCGUUAAACAAUUCUUCGAGAUAAUCGAUUUUUGUUCCAAUUUAGGGAUUUUUUUUUCAUAGGACAUCCAAAAAAGAAAAAGAAAAAAAAACAAUAUUCUCUUUUUUCUCCUAAAUAUUUGAUAAUUUCCGUCACAAUUAAAUGAAUUUUGACUGACAUUUCAACAAUUUGCAUGUUAAGCAAGUAUUGCAAGCUCAAAUAACAUAUUUAUUAAGCCUUGGCAUAUGCAACAACAAAAAAAGAUAUAGCAUGCAUACAUCAAUAGGAUAAGAUUACACUCCAUAUGAAAUUCAAUAACUUUAAAAUCUCAAAUUCGCUUACGAUAUAGAACUUUGAAAUUACAGUAAACUUAUAUCCGUGUGACCUACGUAUAGGCCAGAAUUCGAAUCGUAGAAGCAAUCACUCAUACCUGCAUUAGGGUAAACUGCUCGCAUGUAAUCCACACUGUGCAAACCUAAACUUCAAAACCCUACUUACAUGAUAUGUUUUAUGCAUUAAACUGUAACUAUUUACCAUACGAGUAUCAGAAAUCAAAGUCCUUUUAUCUUGGAGAAUUUUUUUUUUUUUUUUUUUUUAAAAAAAGGAUGAAUAUCUAAGCCAAAGUUAAACAACAAGAAGGACAAAGUAGGUGCAACAAAUAAAAUAAAAUACUAUAUAAUAACAAAUGCAAAUUGACAAUAAAGUCAAUAAGCAACGUAUCAAAUAAUACACCCAAAAAAAAAGUUCAUAAUUGAAACACCCAAUUUGUCUUUCCUAAUGUUUUCUCUCUUGAAGCAUUUAAA